CACACUCGGUUGCCCCUUCCUACCUUGCGGCUUGCCCAUACCCAAUGGAGUCUGAGCCCGGCCUUGGCGCCGAGCCGGAACCUGAGGUGGGCGCGGAAGGGAUGCUUGCUAGCGCUGCGGAGUUUGCCGGAGCAUACCCGAUCUCCCUCGCGUGCGCCCUUCUCUUCGCCGCGUGGCAACUCGCGCAGCUGCUCCAGCACUCCCGCUCCGGCUCGACGCUCGGCGGCGCUGCUGCGAAGGAGGACGCGCUGCUGCGGGCGAGGCAGGUGCAGCAGGAGCGGAUGGCGCGCGCCGCGGAGGAGCGUGCUGCGUCGGCGCCGUCUCCCGCUUGCUGCGACGGCGGCGGUUGCAGCGACAGCAGCCUCCCGGACCGGCUGACGAGCGCCCUCGCCAAGGCUCCGGCGUCAGGCAAGGCGCCGGCGUCGAGUGAGGCUCCGGCGUCGGGCAAGGCGCCCGCAAAACUGCCCGCCGACAAGCAGAGCGUGACUGCGCGCCUCGCAAAGAUUGAGCGCGGUAAGGGCCCAUCGGAGCACAACCCGCUGCAGGGCCAUGCCUCCAGCUCCUCCUCGGCCGGCAUCUGUCGCCGCAAGAAGGGCGGGUGACAGUAAGCGCCGCGCCGUUCCGCCUCUCGCCUGCGAGCAAGGAGACACUUCCCGCCAGGCAGAGGCGGCACCGCGCGCCCGACCGACUCCUCUACCCUAGACUCCGCCGAACGCACCGGUCUGACAUGACGCGGCCGCCCCCCAACCCAGCGCUGCCUGGGCGGGGCGGUGCCGCCGAGGAUCGCCCCAGAUGCAAUCGCUGAUAUCGCUCCUUCACCGACCUCGUGUUGAUGUUCGUGAGAUGCGAGCUGCCACAGCUCGCCUUCACCCCGCUGUCUAUUCCGUGAUCGUUUUGUGUCUCUUUUCCCCCUGUGGCUCUCUGCAAAACUUUCUCAGACA